ACCAACAACCCAAAUGCUGUCCACUGUGUUCGAUAUGACCAUUUCUGAGCUCUGCCCCACUUCUGCGCCCUUCUUUGGUUUUAUGGGAGUUGCUGCUUCUAUCAUCUUUGCCAAUCUUGGCUCUGCCUACGGAACGGCGAAGGCUGGAGUGGGUGUAUGCUCGAUGGGUGUCUUCAGACCUGAUGCUGUCAUGAAGAAUAUGUUGCCUGUCAUUAUGGCUGGUAUUUUGGGUAUCUACGGACUUAUUGCCUCCAUCAUUAUGGUGUAUGUCAUCACUCCUCCUGGUGCUGAUGGAACCCACUACUCUAGCUUCUCUGGCUACGGACACCUCGCUGCGGGUCUCAGCUGCGGUCUCUCGUGCCUGGCUGCGGGUCUGUCCAUUGGUAUUGCCGGAGAUGCCGGUGUUCGCGCUUGUGGUCAACAAGAGAGAAUCUUCGUCGGUAUGGUGCUGAUGCUGAUUUUCGGAGAGGCUCUUGCUCUGUACGGUCUGAUUGUGGCCAUUGUCAUUGUCACUGUCACGGGAGUCAAGUGUUAAGUUAGUU